AGUUCUUUUCCCCUCCUGCACUCCUCCACUAUGUCCCGUCUUCCUAGACGUUCGGUGCAAGUACACUCGCGUGCUUUGCGCCUUCUCCCUUCUCUCUCCUUUGUCUUCUUCACUUUUUUCACUCUCCUGUGUCUCUCUUCUCCAUCUGUGAGGGCCGAGGAAGCCGCUAGUUCAGAAUACGGAACAGUAAUUGGUAUUGAUCUUGGAACGACUUAUUCAUGUGUCGGUGUUCAGCGUGGUGGAAGGGUUGAAAUUAUCGCCAACGAUCAGGGUAACCGAAUCACCCCUUCAUGGGUGUCUUUCUCGGAGGAAGAACGACUUGUUGGUGACAGUGCCAAAAACGCUUACUCUACCAAUCCCCAAAACACGGUCUUUGACGCGAAGCGUCUUAUUGGUCGCAAGAUGGAUGACCCUGACAUUAAGCGUGACAUGAAGCACUGGCCGUUCGCGGUCAAAGAGAAGGGUGGAAAGCCCGUCAUUUCGGUCGAUUACAAGGGCGACAAACGUGAUUUUACUCCUGAGGAAAUCAGCGCUAUGGUUCUAACGAAGAUGAAGGAAACCGCUGAGGCGUAUUUGGGCGAGAAAGUCACUCAUGCCGUCGUCACUGUUCCUGCGUACUUCAACGAUGCUCAGCGCCAGGCUACCAAAGAUGCCGGUACGAUUGCGGGCCUCCAGGUUCUCCGUAUCAUUAACGAACCUACCGCCGCUGCUAUUGCUUACGGUCUGAACAAGAAGGGAGGAGAAUCUCAAAUCAUCGUUUACGACCUCGGUGGCGGUACCUUCGAUGUUUCUCUUUUGUCCAUCGACGAUGGUGUUUUCGAAGUGCUUGCCACUGCCGGAGAUACUCACCUUGGAGGAGAAGACUUUGACAACCGUGUCAUCGACUACUUCAUCAAGUCUUACAAGAAGAAGACUGGUACUGAUGUCUCCAAGAACCUCAGGGCUCUUGGUAAGCUCAAGCGGGAGGUUGAGAAGGCCAAGAGGACCCUCAGCACCCAGCAGAGUACCAGAAUUGAAAUCGAAAGCUUCGAGGAUGGUAACGACUUCUCAGAGACCUUGACCAGGGCCAAGUUCGAAGAGUUGAACAUGGAUCUGUUCAGAAAGACCAUGAAGCCCGUUGAGCAAGUGUUGAAGGAUGCUAACGUUAAGAAGGAGGAUGUUGAUGAGAUUGUCCUUGUUGGUGGUUCCACCCGCAUUCCCAAGGUUCAACAACUCCUUAAGGAAUAUUUUGGUGGCAAAGAGCCUUCCAAGGGAAUCAACCCUGAUGAAGCUGUUGCCUAUGGUGCUGCUGUACAAGGUGGUAUUCUCUCCGGUGCCGAAGGUACCGCUGACGUCGUCCUUGUCGAUGUCUGCCCCUUGACUUUGGGUAUCGAGACCACCGGUGGUGUCAUGACCAAGUUGAUAGCUCGAAACACUGUCAUUCCCACCAGGAAGAGCCAGAUCUUCUCCACUGCUGCUGAUAACCAGCCGACUGUCCUCAUCCAAGUUUACGAAGGUGAACGUACCCUCACCAAGGACAACAAUCUUCUGGGGAAAUUUGAAUUAUCCGGUAUCCCUCCUGCUCCUCGUGGUGUUCCACAAAUCGAGGUGACAUUCGAGAUUGAUGCCAACGGAAUAAUGAAGGUUGCCGCUGCCGAUAAGGGAACUGGCAAAUCUGAAUCUAUCACUAUCACCAACGAGAAGGGUCGUCUUUCUCAAGAGGAGAUUGACCGCAUGGUUGCCGAGGCUGAGAAGUUCGCCGCCGAAGACGAGGCUCAACGUAAACGUAUUGAGGCUCUCAACCAACUAUCCUCCUUCGUCUAUGGUUUGAGAACUCAAGCCACUGACUCGGAAGGCAUGGGUGGUAAACUGAGUGAGGAAGACAAGAAAACCAUCUUGGCUACUGUCAAAGAAACUACCGACUGGAUCGACGAGAACGGCCAGACUGCCAGCGUUGAGGACCUUGAAGAGAAAUUGGCCGAGAUUCAAGGUGUCGUUAAUCCUAUCACUACCAAGCUUUACAAUGCAGGAGGUGCCGGCGGCGAUGACAGUGAUGAGCCACUGAGAGACCAUGACGAGCUUUAGAUGUAUUUUUCUAUCUUGAGACAGGCACGAACAGAGCCUGGUUAGUUACUUCGCGGGAGGUAGCAAAAAGGCAAAGCGUUAUCUACUAGUCAUGAGAGUAGGAAACCGCGUUCAGUAUCCAAUACUAUAUCGAUAGAUAAUGCAUGCUUAGAAGUCCAGUACCCUCUCUCAAUUAAUCUGAUAAAUUAUGACA